CCGAAAUGGCGACUUGUCCUGUCGUCAGAGUCUGAUGACAUUGGCUAAAUAUUGACACGUUCCCUGCUCAGAGAUACCCUCAAUAUUUGACAAUAUUUGUUUUAUAUUGAAGCCCAUUUCUUGUCAGUCUGCAUGUAAGGAUAUCCGCCUUCAAGUAACAGAAACACCAUGAAUUUAGACGAGAAUGAGUUGAUGACGGAUCCAAAGUUUAAGGCGUAUGCCACAGCGGUUGACAAAGCACUCAAAGGUUUUGAGUAUUCCAGCGAGUGGGCCGACCUCAUCUCAGCGCUUGCAAAACUUAUUAAGGUCCUCCAGAGUAACUCAUCCCGCUACUCUGUGAUUCCCAAACGCCUUCUGAUCGGCAAACGCCUAGCGCAAUGCACCCACCCCGCCCUACCCAGCGGGGUACACCUCAAGGCUUUAGAGACCUACGAUCUCAUCUUCAAAACCAUCGGCCCCAAGCAACUCUGCCAAGACAUGUUCAUCUACAGUGCGGGGUUGUUCCCGUUACUUGGCAGUGCGGCCAUGGCGGUGAAGCCUAAACUGCUGCAUCUAUAUGAGGAGCACUACUUGCCACUUGGUGAGCACCUGAAGCCAUGCCUGACCGGGUUACUGCAGGGUAUCAUGCCUGGACUUGAAGAAGGAUCUGAGUAUUCUGAAAGGACCAAUGUACUUUUGGAGCAGCUCUGUGCUGGUAUGGUGAAGUCUAAUUUCUACAGUGCCCUAUGGGAGUGUGUAGUAACAAGUCCCGUUGUACGUCUACCUGCCGUCACAUUCGUCUUAUCCCAGUUAGACCGAAAGCUCUCCAUGAUGGACCAAUCACACAUCCUAGGCAACAACAGGUUAACACUGGUGAAUGCAGUGUGCGAAUCCCUGUACGACUCCGCCGUGUUGGUCCAACGUACAAUCCUGGACUUGGUGCUCGUGUGUUUCCCGCUCCACAGCUACUGCCUUACUAAGGAAGACCAGACGCGCAUUCUCACUGCUGCCCUCAACACGGUGCUACGCCGCGACAUGUCACUGAACAGACGCCUCUUCAGCUGGCUGCUGGGCACAGACGCUGCUAGGAUAGAAACACCUGGCGUCACCAAGAAACCGGACGCGGACGCGGUGAGCCGAUCGGACAGCAUCAUCAGCGCCGAGGAAGAAAGCACGGCGUAUUUUGACAUGCAUUCCAGAGAGAUGUUGAUUGAGUCGCUCAAGAGCUGGCUGAACACCCUCCCAGAGAAACUCGACGAUGAGGAGUUGAAAGUCGCAACGUUAAAACCUUACAAGCUUCUUAUCAGCCUCCUUGAUAAGCCGGAGUUGAGCACUAGUAUCGUCGAGGACGUCUUUGUUGAAGUUUUCCGUGCCUUGUAUCAUCGCUGCACAGGGGUCAGUGAGAACACAUUGUGGAAAGGUUUAGUGCUUGACUCGCAAGAAGCAGAGAUUCAUUCCACACCGACAAGGAAGAUCCUGAUGGGGCACAACCGCCCAGUUGAACUCAUCAAAACAGCCAAUUUGCUCUUUGGCGUCUUCGAGCCGUACUUCAUGUGGGAUUUCAUCGCAAAACGUUUCGAGCGCUGCUGCCAGGAGACGGUCAUGCGAGGUGGAAUGGCUCCCUCUAUAGGCGAUGACAGCAAUGCGUUGACGUGCUCUGAGAUGUGCAAGCUGGUAGACUUCUUGCUGGAUAUAGUGUCACUGGAAACCUAUUUGGAAACAACAACAGAGUACCUUCCAAAUCUCUUGUGUAAACUCACCGUGUCCCUAACGAACUUCUGCCAGCACCUAAGCCUCUCAGAGAUCAAAGACACUCUGUGUCUAUGCACCAAGCUACUGACCAAAGUGCAGCCUUCAAUGGUGAUGAGUCCAAACCAGUGGGACACGUACACACCGGAUGGGUGCGGGAACCCGCUUUCCCAGAGACUCUUGGCUCAUGUCGACGUCAUCGAGAAGGGAUGGGAGCUCGUAGAGGGUGGACUGCCCGGUAGGGACGCGUUGCCCCAGCAGGCCUCGACACCGGUGAAGGAAGACGCAAAUUUGAGGACAAAGAAGAGGAGCUACGAUAAUAGCAAUGAGUCUAACUCGGCCAGAGUGCAGAAUGACUCGAUGGAGAGUGAGAGGACGGAAGCGGAAUCCAAGGAGACUAAACCCUCUGUCUCAAAUAAGCUCCUUCAGAGCCCGAGGAAGUCACUAGACAGGCUCUCCUCCCAGCAUCUUGAGGAUGCUGAAGUACCUGCUCUGGAGGACGACGACUUCCAGAUCGAGCGAAUCAAACGACCGAAUAAGAUCGCGAGCCUCGAUAAGACAUCCCCUAAGGAUGACCUGGGUGAGUUUCGUCCGUCUCACAGACGGACCCCGAGUGCGGUCUCGCUGACCACCAGCUUAGCCGAGAGCGAUAAGGAUGGACAGCCUGUCUUCAUCAUGCAGGCCUGCGUUCUGUGUUAUCAGACGUUCUUCGCCAAGUUCGUCAGCAGUAAGAUUCUCCCCGAGGCCGAGAUGGUGAAGGAUUAUCUGAAGAGACUCAACGUGAAGCUGAACGGGGUACAGGAGAAGCGACAGCCUUCCGGAGGGGACGAGAAGCGAAGCAGGCUCCCUUGUGGGUUCGGAGAGGCGUCGGAUAAGAGCAGUAAUGAUGAUAGCUUGUUACGGACGCACUCUACCUUAACCAGUGAUGAGGCAGUUGGGAAGUACCUCGUUGAUGUGGAUAUGAAUUGUACAUCCAGCGCACCAGCCAUGAAGGCCUUUGCAACAGCUUGUCAUCUACUGGUGGAGUUUGCCUGCUUCCCAAUGUACUGCAACGAGACUGCAUCCGCUGCGCACACGCUAACACCUACAACUACAGGGAGCUCUCUAGAUCUCCCAGACUGGCUCCAGGUUCUCGUUGCCUGUAGUAGCUUCGUCGGUAACUUCAUCCUCCAGACGUCGGCAAUCUCAACCACCUUGGAGCUGAUAGCCUUGACUAAGUCCGUUACAGAUCGCUCCGUCAGCAAGCUGGUCCUCCCUAAUCCGCCCAACUCCCCCAAGACGGACUCAGGUACCAUCUCCGUGGUUCUCAUCCCGGCUGUUUCUGCUUCUCAUCUUCACACACUCAAUUUUGGGACAAGCUUCUUUCAGAGAGUGGCCACCAGUUUAUGGCAUCACAUGGGAGCGAAUACCCCAGACUGUCAUCAGAAGAGUGCUGAUUUAUUGCAUCAGUUACACAACGUGGCACCAGACGUGUACAUCUGUGAAGAUAUCAUUGGCAACUCACUGGUACAAAGCAAUAAGGCUGUGUCGUUAGCCGCCCACAUCAAGUAUGCCCAGCUAUGGCAUCUCAUCAGACCUCAGAUUCUUAGUGCAAGUCCUGCCAGCAAAGUUCUCACAUUCGACAGGUCUCUCCUUGUCAUGAUGGACAGUCUAGAAUGCCCUGAUUGUAUGAUCCGUUCAGUCACCCAGACAUGGCUUGUACAUGCUAUCGACCGCGGCGAUAUAGCACGACUCCUUGAGCCCAUCCUGCUAGUCCUUCUACACCCAGCCACUGCUAGAGUCUCUGUGCAGUUCCUACACACUAAGCCUGCUCAGAAAGCUUCUGGUGACUCGGCUGAGGAGGAAGCCGCAGCUGAGGCUGAGAGUAGGAUUUAUAGCAUUAGUAGCAUAGAAGGAGAGGUUAAGUACUACGUCAUCAAGGAUGGCAAACGCGCCAUAGCCAUCAACCCAAGCAGGCAAGACCCUGUCUUUGCCUGUACGACCAUCGAUGACAAGAUGAAAUACGUCACAAACAAAGCCAACACAGGUCUGAGAUACAGCGUGCCACCGCAGAUGCUCAGUAAGACACUGAGUGUCACCGUCAACCCCAUGACCCAGCCAGGAUACGGCAGCGACUCUGACAGCGACGUCUCCGCAACGAGUCAACGAGGAAAGGUUACGACAUCGAGGAAGGUCUCGAAAGACGAGGAGAAGACUAUUAGAGUGGAACGACGCCAGUCGGAUCUGGGGAAUAUUCCUUCGUCAUUGGGCGAGAAGACCACAACACCUAGCAACAGUUCCGACGAUCUUUGUGAGGAGCCGUCAUACGUGUACAAUGAAGACGUGAAUGAGACAAUUGAGGAUGCUGUGAGAGGGAUAUUGUUGUCGGUAAUUGACGAGGCGGUAAGGAAGGCUGAUGGAACUCCCCUCGUAGAUAACAGGAAAGAUGUGCCUUGGGGUAAUGCUGCUCCCAACGCCACCAAGCAGUCUUCAGUUGUAUCUCAAGGAUCCCCGAGUUCCAAAACUGCCAGGUCAGGAAAUUUGGAAAACCUCGCCCCAGAAGACUAUGCCCUGGACGACCUUGAACAUGCCAUGUCUGGUAUGGAAACAGAACAGAGUGAUGUCGAGGUCGGGACAGCUGGCGAUGGGAGAGCAGCAGAUCAGCUAAAGAGACUCCCCGCUCUGAAGUUGAACGCAGUCCCUGCGUUGCAGCAACACAUUCUGCUGUACGUGCAGGUGUACGACGCACAGCGCAUGCUGUACGUGCUGUCGACGAUCAAGGCAAUACUAAGCACAAACCCCUGGCCGUUUGUGUGCGCCAUGUCGUCAACAAGCAUCAGCAGCACCAACACGCCACAGCUCAUUAAACUACAGCAGCUUCUUGCUCGGCAUAAACGCUGCAUCACUGGGCAGGACUUCUACUCGGACCUAGAGCAAGAGGCACUGACGGCCUUCCGCAGUAGCACCUAUCUAGAGAUUGUUGUCCUAAUCUGUGUGUACUACAUGAGGAGUUACUAUCCGCGAGACUUAAAGGCGAGAGAAAGCGACGUCCAUGGUAAUCGGGACGUGCAAAUUGCAAGCAUGGAGGUUCUUCGUCUGAUUCUUCAUGAGCUUGUCUACAUCGUGAAGGACAGCGGGCGAGGACUGGCCACGUUCAUCAGCGACCUCCUCAUCAGGUCCAAAGUCCAGAAGGCCGUUCUCUACUGUUUGCUAUCAUCUGUCUUCAACAGUCAUACUAAGUCGAAAAGCCAAACCAAAGAAGCCGACAUCAUUCUAGAUAUUUCUCCGAAUAUGUCUGAUCGAGGUGCCCAGGCGUUUCAGAUUCAGCUACUGAAGCUGGCACGUACCCUCAUCUUUCUCGAAGAUCAACUCUUCACCCUGAAGGACGACACGGACACAGGAAGCAACGGAGACAGCGAGUGGGAGUACCUCAGGAUGAAGUUCACCCCGCAGAAUCCAUCCUCCAUGGGGUUCGUCCGCUCGGAGCGAUUCGGGAGCCAGUCCAUCUUCAUCCGGGCUGUCUUGAGCGCCCUCCAACAGUACCAGAUCUGUCACAUGCAUCGGCACUGGGUGUCUGUUGUGACUGAGGCUCUACCACAUCUAGAGCGGGGAUUGCCCAAGUUGGCCAUUCCAGUCUCAAAGCAGCUCUGUAAGAACCUGGAGCAGUUGACGAUUCUCUACACACCAGGAGAUUCGUCUAAGAACAGGUUGGAGGUGAACCUGGAGAACGUUCCACCAGACCACGUUGUGACCAUGCUGGAAGGCCUGACUACCAUCUGCCACUUCUGCCUCCUGGAGAGCACCUCAAACCUCUCUACCAUGGGGAGUCGACACUCUGGUCCAGCUUCUAGCACCAGCGUGGUAGAGUCUGAGAUUAAUACAUCGACUACACCUCUACUCAGCAGCCUUCUGGGGGCAUUGACUAGAGACAAGAGCAAGAGUACGGCCAACCCAGCCAGCGGUCAAUCCAACAGCCCCAAGGCGGAGGCUAGGAAGGGCCUCCUCGGCAUGUUGCCAAGUAUCAUCUCUAGCGUGGCUAAGCUGUGGUCAGUCGUCCUACGCUGUGAGAGGCUGAGGGAUUCCAUCUCAAAGCCACAAGAACCGCCAAGUUGGAGCUUUGGACCACCUAAGCUUUCUACGGAGGGGAGUCGGCAGCAGAUUCUGGAACUCCUGAGUCCCAUAGCUCUUCACCAUCCCGUCAAUUUGCUCGCUGCUGUAGGAGUCGUCUGGAGUGAUUGGAGAAGGAAGAACAACUUCAAGCAAACCACGGGUGUACCAUCAGUGACUGAGGAUCAGACGGUCUUGGUUGAAUUGGUCAGCGCUAUCCGGGCAUUACCAACUGACACCCUCAUGCAGACCAUUAAACAAGUCUUGAAGACACCGCCAUUCACCAUUAGAGAUAAGAACCAACCUGGUCUAGAGACGAGCAUGCUGCAGUUUGUAUACUGCUACAUCGGUCGUAUGUCCAGCAUGUCAGUACGGGACUCAUGGCAGUCACUGCUGUCUCUCCUGAAAGAAGGCCUUCAACUGACUCUGGCACCAUCUGGACAGUUCUUACUGCUACGUAUCCUGAACGAGAUCGUGCACAAGAUUCCCGUGUUUGAGGAUCGGAAGGACCAGAAAGAGCUCCAGGAAGUCAGCCAGCGUCUGGUAGAGGCUUGCAACACCAUCGCGGGCUCAUCUCUGGAACAGUCAACAUGGCUACGAAGGAAUGUCUCAGUUAAGAUCAACACACAAGAGCAGUCAGCUACAGAGUCUGAUGGAUCAGAAUCAGCGGGACCAGAGUCACCAGCUGAGAUGAAUUCAAGCAUGACUAGCAAUGAUCCAAACACACCGACAGGGACACCAACUAACAGCGCUAAGAACUACUCACAGUACAGUGUGCAAGCCUUGAACCUACUUGCAGAGUUGUUGUCCACGAUGCUAGACAUGGUAUAUGGAAGCGACGAGAAAGAGAAGGUUCUACCGUUACUAACAUCCAUAAUGCAUAACGUCACACCAUACCUCAAGAACCACAGUUCUCCCAACAUGCCAAGUUUCCGAGCUUGCACGGCGUUACUAUCAAGUCUAAGUGGUUACCAGUAUACACGUAGAGCAUGGAAGAAAGAUGCCUUUGAUCUCCUCCUGGACCCAGCCUUCUUUCAAGUGGACACUGUCUGUAUACACAAUUGGCUUCCUGUAAUUGAUAACCUGAUGACUCACGAUAAGACGACCUACAGGGACCUUAUGGCUCGUGUAGCAGCCUUCCAGACUACCUCCCUCAACCUGUUCACCAGCAAAGAAGCCGAGAUCGACCAACGAGCCCAGCUUCUCAAACGUCUCAGCUUCACCAUCUUCUGCAGUCAGACGGACCAGUACGUACGUUUCCUGCCGGACAUACAAGAACGCCUCGCUGAGAAUCUGAGGCAGAGUCAGGGACCUGCCGUACAUGAACAGGUGUUCGUCUGCUUUAGGGUGUUGCUGCUGCGUAUCUCGCCCCAUCAUCUGACCGGGCUUUGGCCCACUGUUAUCUCAGAACUGGUGCAAGUGUUUCUUCACAUGGAGGAGCAGUUAUGCAACACGACGGCAGACAACACCAAGAAGUCCAUGAUGAAACGAGUAGCAAGCACCGACUUUGGAAGUUUCUUCCUGGGCGGUAAUGGCAACAUUCCACAGACUUUGAGUAACGUCGCCAAACCGUGGCUUGGGCUGUACCUAGCCGCUUGUAAACUCCUCGAUCUAGCUAUGUGUUUACCAUCGGAGGAGCUGCCUCAAUUUCAAGUGUACAAGUGGGCGUUUGUUGGAGACUGUAAGAAGCUGGAUUCCCCGAUGCAGUUCGUGCCUCAUGUCUCCAGAGCUGCUAAAAUCCUCAGAACAAGACUAAAACAGGAGAAUGGUGAGGAGCCCCCUGCUAUCCAGCCUGUUCCCGGGAGACCGCUACUCACCAUGUACAACAUCAAAUCCAUUGAGGAACUCCUGCCGUUCUUGAAUGUAGUCUGCCCAGACGUAGAGAUGAACUCGGAAAACCGCACUCAGGAUCUGAUUCUAUUGGACAGCGAGCUGGCCAGCAAGCCUGGACGGACAAUGAGCAAGACAGAUGAUUCGGUCGUUCUUGACAACCUGACUUCGGUGGAGUUUAUUGAGAGACAUAUGGAGAGGGAUUUCCUUGUGCCCUUGGUUGGGUCAUAGGUCAAAGGUCAUGCGGAUUCGUCAUCAGUGGAAAUUAUUAAGAGGUUCUCAGUACAGGUUGUAGGUCAGGUAACAGGUAAUUGACGUCUAGCUACAACCAUACUGUGGAAGCUAUACGGGAAUUCUCAAUUAAAGAAACAGGGUUGAUUAACAACAUCCUUUUCGUCAAACAACUAACACCUGUUAUCUUCAUGUAAUUCCUUUGCCAAACAGUAAGGCUGCUACAUGUAACUGCCCCAGGCAGAUUAACUGCUCAUCUUUUAUAAUGGUCCAAGGAAAUCAAUGUAAACACUUUCCCACUUUCAUAACGGAUGUAUAGUUUCCGAGGUUUUCGUUGUGAAACUUUUAAUGGUCUCUCGCAUGUUCAAACAUUGGGACUUGUUAAAGUCCACAAGUUUGUUUAUGCUUUAAGCAAUGUAGCUGUGACCAAAGUAGUCCAAAAAAGGAUUGAAUAUGCACAAGACUUGCUCUUUUGCACUCUAAAAAGCAAAUCAAAAGACUACAUGUAAUUCCUUUAUGUUUGAAGCAUUUCAAUGCAAUUUGUUUGUAAUGCAGAUGAUUCAGAAGAAAUUACCAAAGAGAAAACCCAAACAAAAUACCUCCUUCCUAAAUGCACAGUAAAGCAAUUUUAAAUUGGGGAUGAAAGUUUUACGCGAAGUUGUGUUCUUCGGAAAUAUGUAUCUAUAUUUAUUUAUUGUCCACUCUUUAAAAAAAAGGAAGAAACAAAAGCAAUGUAUAAAAUUCAUUAAAGCUCCAGACCAGGACAGUAAAAUUCUAAACAAUUUUAGAAAAACUCCAUUUGUCAAGGAGUGAAGACAACGUGGAUAAAUUAAUGUAUACACAUUAAAAACAAAAACAAAACCAGUGCAGUACACUGCAGUCAUCCAAUAUUUGUAUAUUAUUGUUGAAUUUUGGCAACAUUUUCUUAUGAAUUUAUCUUGAAAAAUUUCACAAAUUGCAAUGGUUCUGUUUUAGGAAUGUUGACGGUACGUGGGAAACAUAAAAAAUCUAAAUUUUUGACCUUCACUUUGACCUUUAAGGUUUAGUGUGAAGUAGGCCAAAUCUUGCAGCUGUUUGCUGGCCGUGACUGCCAGCCAUUUUCGGUACAAGCCGCAUGUGGCCGCUAAAGGUUUAACAAUCCUGUUAUGUAAUAAAUUAAUUUAUGAAAGUGUCUUGAUGAUUCAUAAUAUAAUAUUUUAGCUGUUUUUUGUUUUACCAUUCCAACCAUGUCAUAUAUGAAUAUUGUCAUAACAGUGAUGUUAAAUGUUAUCACUGUUCCCGAUUGACCAAAACCUCUCCUCUGUGGUUGAGUUAAAACACAGUGCAAUAAACAAUGCAUCAGCUUUUUCAGCAGCAUGGUUUCCUACGUAGGCCUACUACAGAAUCAUUAAAAUAAAAAUAUCAACUUUGUUUAAUAGCGCAGUUCCACAGAAAUACCCUUGUGCUUCAAACAUUAUUACUCCUGGUCAUUAGGCCACUAAUUUCAUUCCUUAAAGACACUGGACACCUUUAGCAAUUGU